CGGCUGGCGAGGGGUUUCGGUCCAACUUUUUCAUUAGUUAAUCCUGCGGCAAAAGCAGCUUUACGCGUUUUUCGGCCUCUACACUCCUUAUUCCCUUCCAAAAGCAGCGCCACUGCUUCAAGAUGUAUUUGGACGGAGCUGAAGGGGUCUUCGAGUUCCUGCGAGGCAACCUGCCUUUUUACGUGAUCGUUUUCGUGCCGCUUCUGAUCGCCAUCUCGCCGGUCGCCCCCGUGCUCGGAUCGCACGAGUUCACCGUCUACCGCAUGCAGCACUACGACUUGCAGGGAACCGUGCACGGAUCUAGGAGUUCUGUUGUGAACACUGAAGCUAGAACAUUACAUUCAUCAUCUUACCACAGAAAAGUUGUUAUAGCACGGCUUGCCGACCUCACUCAUGGGCAGUUCAAUGAAGUUAUCCAGCAAGGGGCAGCUGGUGUUCUCAUAUUCUUGCCACAAAACUUCAGUGACGUUGCUCCAGAUAAGCUAAAGGCUUUGAUGGAGUUAGAACAUGCACUACAAGAGGAUGCUGUGCCUGUGCCAGUUUACUUUGCAUACGAGACAGAUGAACUAAAAGACAUGUACAGAAGCGUCCAGAGGACGUCUGAUAAUGGCAGAACAACCAGUGUUGCGCAAGAGCUGUGGGGCAUGCUAAAGGCCAGUGGAUUUCAGCUGGUGAUCUCUGGAAGUCAGGCCAAAGUGAUUCCAGACAUUCAGCUUUUCAAUAUUCAGGGAAAGCUAUCUGGUUUUGGCGUUGAAGAGCAGCUGCCAACAGGUGUUAUAGUGGCGCACUACGAUUCAUUCGGAGUUAGUCCGGCAUUGUCUUUUGGUGCGGACUCCAAUGGUAGUGGGGUUGCUGCCCUCCUUGAACUGGCCCGCUUAUUCUCAAGGUUGUACACUAAUUCGAGGACGCAUCCACACUUCAAUCUUGUUUUUCUGAUUUCUGCUGGAGGCAAGUUCAACUAUCACGGCACAAAAAAAUGGAUAGAAGACAACAUUGACAGCACAGAAGGAAGUCUCCUGGCUGACUCGUUGUUUACUAUGUGCUUAGACUCUCUAGGGAGUGGAGAUGACCUUUAUGUUCAUGUGUCAAAGCCUCCAAAAGAAGGCAGUGCAACAUCGAGGUUAUUCAAUGAACUGCAGAAAGUGUCGGAGACCGUUUCACCUGCUACACGGGUGUCAAUGGUGCAUAAAAAAAUCAACUUGGCGGAUGAGACCCUGGCCUGGGAACAUGAGCGCUUUAGCAUGCGUCGCCUGCCAGCUUUUACUGUCUCCCAUCUUCCCAGUCAUCGGUCACCGAGCCGCAGUUCCAUUUUCGACACGCGUGACAAAGUUGAAAAGGACAAGUUGGCCCGGAAUGUGAAAGUGAUUGCUGAAGCCUUGGCUCGCAUCCUCUACAAUGUGACAGACAGUGAAGCAAGUCUAGAAGUCUUCCGUGAAAGCCUGGGGCUGCAGGAGGACUACCUCGGUGCCUGGAUUGACACGCUAUCAAGUCAGCCGCGUGGUGCCCAGCUAAUGGCAAAGGGCAAGACACCUUUGGUCACCAUGCUCGAGCAGGCGCUUGCACGGCACCUCAAGGAAGUUCGCCUGUCGGCCUUCCGGCCAGACAAGAGGGAUCCUGAAGUUGUGUUUUAUGAUACUCCAGUUGCUGUCAUGAAUGCAUACAGUGUCAAGCCAGCUGUGUUUGACUUGUUUCUGGCAGCAAUUAUUGGUGCCUACCUGGGAACUGUGUACCUUGUCAUUGUGAACUUUCACCAUGUACAGAGGGUUGUGGGCCUGUUCUCCCAGCCAAAGGCGAAAGUGAACUAAGUGUUCGACGGCCGACCAAAUCAGUUUGGACGGUGCUCUUCCAUUCUUGCCCUGCACCUUCAUUGCAUAGACUCAUUAGAAAAUGACCAGUGUCAAUGCUGGCAGCAUCCUUGAGAAACUCUUCAUGCUUGAGGACAUGCCUGUGUGUUCACUGAUUAAGUGUACCUGUUGAAGCACCAGACUGUAGCACCAUUAUAUCUCCAUUACGUAUUGCAGUCUUUCGUUCCUCAUUGUGUUUUAACAGCUGCUGUAGAGCAUGAGUUGUUUGGGUUCUAAUGGAAUAGUGAAGGUGAUUGUCUCUAUCUGGGACGGAGCUCCCAAAAGUGCCAGCUUUGCAUUGUGCCACACUUAGGGCUGUAUGUCCGUGCGUGAAUGAUUCUGACAGUGUCGUAGCAUUGUUGCCUUUUUCAGCGACUUGUCAUGCCUUUAUGUUGAUGCGGUAGUUUUAGAAUGUGUUGUUUCUGUUUGUGUACUGCCCGGUUGUAAAUAGUAAUGUAUAUACACAUUUUUGCACAUUUAGGAAGUAUUUCGUAGUGAAUUGCAAUCAGGUGGGAUGCAAAGAUAGACUGUUAAAAACAUUCGUCGGUAUCGCGUGGUCUGGACUUAAUUGAUGUACAGUCUAUUUCUUUGUUGCCCUCAGGAGUUGUGAAACAACUGUCAUUGUAGGCCUUUUUUUUUGCAUGUGCGUCGUACGUACUAGUUAUUAAAUUACUCUGAAUGUUGCUCUG